AUGGCCCUUGGCCCUAACCUUGGAGCUAUUGGUCUGCCCAUGGACCCCCAUAAUUUAAUUUUGGACAAAGCGAUGAUUAUCGAUGAUAUCGAUGCAUCAACCAAGAAGAGAAAUCCAUGGAGGCUCAGCUCUGUGAAUCAAGUUGAGGAAGUGAAGCUUCUUAUCCGCCUAAUCCCCAUAUGGUUAAGUUGCUUAAUGUUUACAGUUGUGAUAGCCCAACAAAGCACAUAUUUCACCAAACAAGGCAGCACAAUGGUCAGGUCAAUCGGGCACAACUUCCACUUCCCCGCGGCGUCACUCCAAGUGUUCACUGGCCUCACUAUACUGGUCUCGGUUCUAAUUUAUGAUCGAGUACUCGUCCCCCUAGCCCGAACCAUCACCAAACACCCUUCUGGCAUAACAAUGUUACAAAGAAUGGGCAUUGGAUUUUUUUUCUCAGUACUGGCCAUGGUUGUAUCAGCACUAGUAGAGGCAAAAAGGGUCGGAAUUGCACAGGCCCAUGGGCUCGAGGAUUCGCCAAAAUCGACUGUCCCUAUGAGUGUGUGGUGGCUACUACCACAAUAUAUGCUGUGUGGGCUGUCUGAUGUGUUCACAAUUGUGGGAAUGCAGGAACUGUUUUAUGAUCAAAUGCCUGAGGAGAUGAGAAGCAUGGGUGCAGCAGCGUACCUUAGCGCAAUCGGGGUCGGGAGCUUCAUGAGCACUGGUGUUAUAGCAGCUGUGCAGGCCAUUAGCUCAAGAUUGGGGCAUGAAUGGCUGAGUGAUAAUCUUAAUGGUGCACAUCUUGAUGACUUUUAUUGGGUUUUGGCAGGGUUGAGUGCUCUGAAUUUGUGUGCUUAUGUCUGGGUUGCAAAGGGUUUUGUUUACAAGAAGCUUGAAUGGGAUGAUGCUGAGAAAGAGGUGAAUUUUCCGGGUUUCGCAGAUGCAUAGUUUUUGAGACUCUGGAAGACACGUCUAGUGAGUGAUAUCAAGAGUUAGAAUGGUUAUUAAACUAUUCUUGUAUGCCUAUUGCGUCUGUUAAAUAUUGCUGCUUAGUUAAAUAAAAAUUUAUGUAAUGUUAAUGUCCCUAGGGGCUUGUCAUCUUGUCGGGCUUCUGAUGCAGGCAAGCGGGUAAA